AUGACUGUGCUCGGAGAUCGGAGCCUCUUAUUCGCAUGUUGCCUUACCGUACUUUCUUUCGGUUACUUUUUAUUUCAUUCUUGGAACUUCGACAAAUUCCAAUCUCUGAUCCCUACCAAACGAAGAGCUUUCAAAGUCGGGAUAGCUUGGUCUCUAAUUUUCGCAAAUAUAUGUUUUGCAUCUUGGAAUGCAGCUUUGGCUUAUUUUAAAUAUACCGUGGGGUAUACGGAAAUCCCCGGCCUCGGGAACAUCCCUACCCCCUAUCAACUCUGGCCUCAGAAUUUCAAGAAUGCCACUAUACCGUUGUAUUAUUUCCUCGCUUUGGCUUUCACGCUCCAUCUGUCGAUACAGACUGAAGAAACAUGCUACUGGAUACACCUAGUAAAAUCCAUUCGAGGGAUCACCACCUCCACAUGGGUGUCCAGUCUCUGGUUCAAAAUUUGGGUUAUGGCUUCUUUAGCUGGAGCGGCUGGGAUAUUUGGGGCCGUGAUCCCAUUUGAUGAUGAUCCUCAAGCCAUGGAAUUGCACAUCUUCACAGCUGGAAGCAUUUACUCGGCGCUAUUCACCCUCUCUUCCGUCUAUGUCAUUUGGAAAUUUCCCGCCUUGAUAGAUUCCGUCCGAAGUCAAGGAGGGAGCAGAGUGGUGAUAGAGCGAUUGAAGUAUCAUAGACGAUUGACUCAGUAUCGUUCUCAUUUGUCCAACUCAUCUGGGGCUGUUAAGAUACUGGCCUCUCUCACAGCCUCAUUCUCCAUAUUUUCGAAUGAAAGAUCCCUUCAUUCUACGGGAUCCAUUAUGGUAUCUCGUGUGAUAUUUGUAGCUUGUUUCCUUGUCUGUAUCCCGCCUCCCAACACAUCGGCUGGUACUAAUAAACAGUCAUUGAGCAUCGACGGCUUCACACCGGAGGAACAUAUAGCUCAUGAUCCUUUUGGCACUGACUUACUCUUAAUGGUUGGCGCCAUGGGGCUGGUAGGGUCCAGCAUCAUUUCCGUGUACAUGUUCUUCCCACCCGAUCAGCCCCUUCCCUCCAUUCCCGACUCUAGAUCACUCCUCGGCCCUCAAAUCGACACAUUCGACUCUACGACCUCCCUCCAUUAUCACCCAUCUCUGUCCCGUGCCAACUCCGACAAGUACUCAAAACCCAUCAUCAUGGUCAACCCCCCUUCUAGCGGUGGUAUACCCCGCAAGACGUCUCAAUCAAAUUUCGGUGAAGUGACAAGAGAAGGAAGGGGCAUACCCCGAAAGAUCUCACGUCCACGUCUCGGAGAGAUGACUAGGGAAGAAGCCGAGGACUGGGAGAGAGAACGAGAAAUCCAACAAAUUAGAUCUCAAAUUUCCGUCGUGGCUCCAUUCGCAACUCCUCCAACUCGGUCCAUUGACCUUCCUCGUUUCUCCACAGAUCGGAGAGAGAGACCAAGAGUCGAUAGAGAGAGGAGAGGGUCGAGUGACAGAGAUGGAGAUAGAGUGGGAAGAAAUAGUAAGAGUAAUAACAACAGUACGAGUGAUCUAAGUGAUGCGGAAAAGGCAAGAGAGGCGCAAAACCAAUAUGCCUGGAGUCUAUUGGCGGAUCAUUUACGUCUACCGGAAGAUGCGAUGGGGUUGAUUUCUGAGGCAACGGAGAUGAAUCGAAAAGCGUGGAGAGCUGCUCAGAGGGCGGCUCAGGAUAUCAUGGUACCUCCUAACUUGCGUCAACAUUACCCCCCAUCGGUCGAGAGUCGAGAAGUGUUAGAGGUAAGAGAGCAUGAAGUGGAUCAUCCCUUGGGAGAAGAGGGAAGGGGUGCUUCGACGAUGCAUACGGAAAGAAAGAAGAACAAGGAAGAAAGGCAUCAACCACCUGCAACGUCAAGGGUGCAGAUACCGAUGACGUUUGAACACAUCACUCACAACCUUUCCCCCAUCCGUAUGCGGGCGUAG